GAAAGAGACCCAGCUCCUCGUCACACCAUGGUGGAUGUGAAGUGUCUGAGGGACUAUGAGUUACAGCAUGAACUUAGUAAGCUCGGAUUCUCACCUGGACCAAUACUCCCUUCCACCAGAGAAGUGUAUGAAAAAAAGUUAGUGCAGCUGUUGGUCUCACCUCCCUGUACACCACCGGUGAUGAAUGGACCUGAGGGGCUGAACGGAGCUCAGGAUGAUGACGGCAGUAAAGAGCUUAAUGCCACUAUCAUUUUGAAAGGAAAUAUCAUUCUCUCAUCAGAAAAAAACAAGGGACCCAAAAAACUGUCACGGGCCCUUGCACAGAGUAGGAGCCCAGUCACCCCAGUGCAUCUACCAAACAGCUCUAGAGACAAACAGAGACUCGAGACUUCCAUCACCAAACCAAAAGCCCUAGAUAUCAACUGCCUGGCUUAUAAGCAUUCUGAGGGAAUAAGGUUACCCACGAGAGCAUCAAACACCAGAUGCAGAGGACGGAGCACCCGAGAGACCACCGACUGCCCCUUGAACAGGAGUUUUGGGUACGGGAACCUAGAAAUUCUUCCCAUGGGCUUGAAGCUCGCUGUGCUUGGUAUCUUCAUCAUUGUCGUCUUUGUCUACAUAACGGUGGAAAGGAAGCCGUUCUUUGGCUAA